ACAGCUUGUUCACAACAGCAGAGACAAAGACAUAAUAUAUAAGAUAAACAUUUUGCUUUUUAAAUGACUCUCAACUGAGAGACAGACGUUUUGGUGUCUCUCACAGAAAAAUGAGAAGUCUGAUAAAGGGUGGAGGUGUAUGACUUCAUCUUUUUCUUUUUUUUUAUCUUCAGAUGUCUGCAAUCCUCAGUCUAAGGGUGACAACACUUUAUGGUUGAUCUGACAUAAGUCUUGGUCUCCUGAAGUCCAAUGAAGAAACAUGGAUAACAAAAAGAAUUUUCCUCAGCUCAGCAACGAAAUGCAGCUGAAUCUCAUGGACAUGGUGAAAUCGGGGAAACUGAGUAUCGAUGAAGCUGUAAAUCAGGCAAGAAGUGGCACGAUACAGAAGCAGAGGAACUUAGACCUCGAGGAAGAACAGCCGUCACAGUAUAACUUCAGUGUUCGCAAGUACAACCGCUACAUAUGGCAGAAACGAGUGCUGCAGAUUGAUUUCAGCACAAACCUAAUGUGCAGCAUCGAGAAAGGCAUUGUGAAACGGCAGCUCCUGUUUUCUGAUGUGAAAAACUGCCAUGAAGCUACAGGUACCAGGUUCUCCAUUUCGUUCAGAGGUCGGACUGACUAUGAACUGGAAGCGGCAUCUUUAGAGGACAAGCAGAAGAUCAUGCUGCUGGUAAAUCAGAUCAUCUACAGUAACAUAUACAGCCCUCCUGUGAACUGGUCUGUUGAAAGGAAAACCUCACACUUAUCUCCAGACAACCUCAAAGAGGGCCAGCUUUUACUCCAGAGAGGAGGACUGGCAUCAUUCAAAUGGAAAAAAUAUGAAGCUCAUCUUCAGACUGGUCAGCUGACCUUGUGGUCUGUUGCUCAGCAAUCUGCCAGCAGUAAUGCAGAUGAGUUCGCUUCAUCCAGCGAGACUAUCUGGAAUCUCUCCGACAUUUACGACAGUGUGGGUGAUAACAGGUGUGCUGGAAGUGACGGGACAGCUGUUAUCAUCCAUCUCUCAGAUGGUAAUGUCAGGGUGGAGACCUUCUGCACCACCGACACGUUCAUGCUGAUCAACGACAAGAAUGACUUCCUGUUCCGAAUACCAAGAAGCGACUAUAUGACCUCAGAGGCAAUAAAAUAUGAGCGAGACGCCUGGGUGAAAGCGAUCAAACAAUUAUGUGUGGACUGGAAACGAAAGUCACAACAUGAAAACUUCUAUGAAGCCCCUGAAACUGCUCUCAUUGAUGAUACAAAGUCACAGAACAGCCACGUGCCAAUCACACCUCCACCAGUGCCACCUUCACCGAGACCACGCUUAUCCAAAACAUCCCCAGCUGAGCCUGUAGAUAAUCCAACAACACUAGAGCCAGAAAUCGUUUCCAUGAAAGCAUCAGAACCGGAACCGAAGCCAUCCCUGACAGCACAGUUCAGAUCUGAGCUCAAGCCAGCCGAGACGCCCUCAGCAGUGCCCGUGACCUCACCAGUGGCCACAUGUUCUUUGACUUUGCCGUUUUUACUGCCCCCACCAUUGCCUGUGCCGUCAGCAGUGUCAGGUCCUGCACCGCCUGCCCCUUUGCCCCCUCCACUGCCCAUGAAAUCCAAACAGCUUUCAGAGAGGACAAAAGCUUUUCACUGGGACCUAGUGGCUCAGGAUAAGAUUGAGAAGUCAAUGUGGUCUUGCAGAAACCCCAGGAAGAUUGAAAUUGACACCUCACGCUUGUACAAGCUGUUUGGAGUGAGAGAGACAGGCAGCUGCCGCGAAGUAGAGUCCACCAGUACUAUGGAAAUCAUGUUGAAUUCAAAGAUCGCUCACAAUUUCAAUAUUUUCCUCAAAAGUUUCCCUGUGCAUCCAAAAGAGCUCAAGGACAAAUUGUUGAUUAUAAAUGAAGAGGAAGGGGGUCUCUCAGACGAGCAUAUUGCCUCUCUCAGGAGAUAUGUGCCCACCGCAGAUGACAUUGAGAUGUAUAAAUCGUACAAAGGAGACAUGACUGAACUGCAUGUGGUGGACCAGUACAUGAAGGAGAUGUGUAACAUCCCGAACCUGAGCGCCCGCCUGGACCUGCUCCUCACGCUGCGAGAGCUGCCCAUCUGUAUGGAGGACCUCACGCCGCUGAUUAUCCAGAAGAUCCGCAUGUGCCAGCAGCUGUGGGCUUGUGAGUCAUUUGUCAGUGUGCUGGAGUACCUUCUGGCUGUGGGCAAUUACCUCAACCAGAACGCAGGCAAGGACAGGGCCAAGGGAUUUCGCCUCUCAUCCUUAACUAAGCUUUCUCAGCUGCGCGGGAACGAUCGGAAGUUCACCUUGCUGCAUGCCCUUGUGGAGCAGAUCAUGUUGCGAGAACCACGUUUGGCCACCUUUUUCCUGGAGCUUGCAGAAUUCGAGACUGUUCCUGGGGCUUCGGUUAAAGGUCUAACAGCAGAGGUGGAUGUUGUGAAGAAUGAGUUUCAGAAGGUCAUCCAGUACAGGAAAGCACAAAAACGGAAAAACGCAGCCAAUCAGCACCCCAAAUUUGUCAAAGACUUAAAGAUGGCCAUCGAGAAGCAUGAGGCCGAUUUCAGACAGCUGAUGAAGAGGUGUGAGGAGAUGAGGAAGCUCUACACUGACAUAUUGGUAAAAUUCGGAGAGCCUUUGGAUCAAGACUCCCAAGAACUUUUCGGAUGGAUUUGCCAAUUUAUCAGUGACUUCAAGAAAGCAUACACUGAAUGCUCUCAAUGAACCUGAGUUUAGCCACAUCCAAUACAGUAGGUGUUGAAUAUGUAUGUGUGAAUAUGCACCUGCUUUCUAAAGCAUUUCAAUCCAAAGGUGAUAUGAAUGUCUGUAGAAACAGACUUACCUGCAGACUACAACCAAUGUUUUCUGGAUCUUUCCCAUUGCUGGUGUUUGGUUUGAUUAAAAGUCUUGGCGAGCUGGAUCAUGCGGUUCUUUGACCCAGUGCUACAGCAAACAGCUUGGAUUGAUUUUCCAAGCAGGAGCAAACGUUUACUGGAGGCACAUAUCAUUUUUGUUCUUUUAGAGUGUAUGUAUAAUGAAUGUUAGUGAUAAAUUCACAGAUGGCUGGUGUGAAAGAGGCAUUCUGGUUCCGACAGCCAGUUGAACAGCUUCCACGCGUGUCUGCUGAAUCUCAGACUCAUUCUGUGGCCUUGAGCGAGUGUGUGUUUUCUCGAUGAUACAGAAUCGAGUCCUCUGUGGCGGUUCAGCACAGGACAUCUGCAUUUCACACUAUUCAGAACAGACCCCUCUUCAUUUUUCUUUUCUGAGGAUUUCAUUCAUAAAAUGAAGAGGACGAAUAAAAGAAGAAACACAUCUUUUUGAAGUCUGAUUUCCUUUGCAUAACACUAGGAUUUACAUGCUCACGACUUGUAAUCCUUUUGUAAUGAACAUCCAUUGCAGGGAUUGUUCAGCCAGAAAUGAAAAGGCUGUCAUCAUUUAUUCACCCUCAUGCUGUUCCAAACCCAUAUGACUUUCUUUUUUCUUUGGAACAUAAAAGAAUAUGCUUGGCAGAAUGUUUAUGCGGCUCUUUUCCAUAUAAUGACGAAUGAUGCUGUAGAGCUCCAAAAGAUACAAAGUAGCACUAUAUUAAAACCCUUCUAUUUUAUUUUAUGUUUUAUUUUUUAUUUUAUUUAAGUUUUUUGGGGACUAAUUUGAGUUAAUACGUUACCCAUUCUUUUAAACCACAUAAACCUGCACAGUAGCAACAUAGCUGUGUAAAUAUGACCUUGUGACCUAUUUGUUGUGGGCUACGGAAACACAGAUUCAUUGUACAGUAUAACAAGCAAAUAAAGUAA